AGAAAGCAUUAUAGUAAUGUCAAAACAAAGGCGCACCUUGUUGAAGGUUAUAGUCCUUGGUGAUGCUGGGGUUGGGAAAACUUCUUUGAUGGACCGAUAUGUCUACAAUAGGUUUAGUGAUCAUUACAAGGCAACCAUUGGUGCAGAUUUUAUGACAAGGGAGCUUCAGAUUGAAGAUAGAGUGGUAACCUUGCAGAUAUGGGAUACAGCUGGACAGGAGAGAUUCCAGAGCCUGGGAGUGGCUUUCUACAGAGGGGCAGAUUGUUGUGUUCUGGUGUAUGAUGUGAAUGUGUCCAAAUCAUUUGACAACCUUCACAAUUGGCACAAUGAAUUCAUCAGUCAGGCAUGCUUGGGGGACCCAAAAAAGUUUCCAUUUGUUGUUAUGGGAAAUAAAGUUGAUGUUAAUGGGGGAAGCAGCAGAGUGAUUUCUGAAAGGAAAGCCAGAGAGUGGCUUGCCUCCAAAGGCAACAUUGCCUUCUUUGAAACUUCUGCUAAGGAAAACUAUAAUGUAGAAGAAGCAUUUCGUUGUGUUGCCCAGACUGCCCUUUUGAGUGAGCCUAAUCUUCAUGACAUUUACCUUCCACCUACUGUUGAAGCUGUUGAGGAACAGACAAGAUCAUCUUGUCAAUGCUAAUGGUGGAAAAUAAAGUAUUAUGCUUGCCAAGAGCUGUAAUUUUUCAUUUUGAGAUGUAGAAAGUGAUCAACAAACACAUAAUUCCAAUAUCGAAUUAUCUGCUACUCUAGAUUUGUAUUUGGAGUAGUUGCUCUACUCUAGUACUGGAGGGUUGCUCUCUGGAAGUGGCAUUAUGAAUAUUAUAUAUUCUAAUGCGUUAUAUCUCAAUUUUCUUUUUUAAUUGAGGAUGUUAAUGCAUAUUAUAUUCUGCAUUUGUUAUUGUAAUUUCUCUCUUAAUCUAGUGGUCUAG